AUCCGAACGAAUGGAUGUCCCAUAUUAAUUUCGGGGUACCGUAAAAGAACUCUUCCCUUAGAGAAAUCCACCAUUAAGUAGUAGGAUCACUCAACUCAAAAGGCCACAGAGUAUUAUUGACUAAGACUAACACCACUACUAAACACAGUAGGCAAGCCUAAUACUAUUAUUUGCCUAUAUAAACCCCUCGUCCACCUAGUGCCACACACUCCAGUCUCCAUCCGCCCCUUGGCUUCCAAAAACCGAAAGCAGAGCAAAGCCCAAACCCAGAACCAAUCACCAGACCAGCCAUGGCCGCGUCGACCGGAGCAGCUCUGCGUCUGCGGCUCCUUUUCCGGAUUCUUCGUGUGGGGGAGCUCCUCGCCCUGGCCGUGCUCCUCUCCUGGUGGUCCUCCCGCGCUCCCUCCGCCGCCGCCGCCGCCGCCCGCGCCGCCGGGUCUCUCAUCUUCUCCCCGCGCUUCGUCUUCCUCCUCGGCAACGCCAUCGUCCUCCUCCUAUUAGCACUCUCCAAGCGGCAGGACGCAUCCCUCUCCUCUUCCAGCGCCGCCGGCCAGACCCCCACGGCCGCCGCAAGCUUCCCUUCGUCUCCAGCGCCGGCGCCGAUGGCGAGAGAAUCACCGGCGGCGGUAGCCGCUGAGCCCGUGGUUGUGGUGGAGCUCCCGGCACCCGCCAUGGCGACGGUGUUCGAGGAGGAGAUCGUGAAGCCGCCGCCGGCUUCGGCGGCGCGCGUCGUCGUGGGCAACAACGGCAAGGCGCGGGCGCCGCGGCGGAGCAGGUCGGAGAAGAUGGGCCGCGCGGCGUCGCCGGAGACGAUGAUGAUGAUGCGGCGGUCGGAUUCGGACAACGGGCGGCGGCGGCGGUCGUGCGUGACGUCGCGGGACGGAUGGGGCAAGGAGGACGCGGAUGAGUUCCGGCGGACGGUGGAGGCGUUCAUCGCCAGGCAGACCCGGUUCCGCCUCGAGGAGGAGCAGUCCAUGGCCGUCGUCUUCCCCGGCGGCGGCGGCCGCCGGGACAUGGCCCUCGCCACUGGCGCGGGAGCUCUUGUUGCUGUCGAAUAAUUCCGUGCGUGCGUUCGGCCGCUGAAAAACCAAAAAAAGAAAAAGAAAUGACUAGUAUGUGCAAAGUACAUAAGGAUUAAGGAACAGAGCUCUCGCUGCCGAACUGUCCUAGCUAAGCUAUACUCAUCCUACACUUCUUCUUCUUCUUCCUCGGAUGCAUAUACGCUACGCCAUCUUUACUGGCGCACGCCGCACUGUACAGCUAUUAUGAAUGGUAUAGCACGGCCCUCGGAUCAUGGAACCCGACGGCCUGGAUCGCUCGUGAUGCUACGCUCAGUUUAGUUUACUGUGGCGAACGAAACCAAUCCCUGGUUCGAAAAGUAACGCGUUAAUACCAUUUCUGCAUCCCUGUUUCAA